AUGAGCACACACAAACGCCUCUCCUUCGACGUCACAGUCAACGCAGCAGGUGAACGCAUGGCACUCCAGAUCGCAGACGCAGGCAACAUCAAAGCCGACAACCUCACCCUGUCCACUUGGGGCUCAGCUGAAAUCUUGGCUAACGUCCUGCAUCGCCUCGACCCACCAGAUCUCUCUGGCUGUGGCACAUUGUCAAGUACCCACCAUGUCCUCGAACUGGGCGCAGGCACGGGACUCGUGGGCAUGAGUGCUGGUGCAAUCUGGAAGACCAAUGCUUGCCUCACCGAUCUGGAUCCUAUUUUACCUAACAUCCAAGCCAACAUAAACCUGAACAAGGCUCUGCUGGCGAAGUACGGCGGCUCAGCAUGCUGUGGUCUCCUGGAUUGGGCUCGUCCACGAGAAUCCAUCGUUCCGUUCGUACCAUACGAUAACGAAGUCUUCCCCUCUGUUCGCGCCCGCGUCAUCCUGGCAGCGGACACCGUCUAUAGUGAAGAACAUCCCGAGCUGCUCACUGGUGUUCUCGUGGCGCGACUGGAAAGGUCACAGAAAGCAAGGUUUAUCAUGUGCUACCCGUUGCGCAUAGGCUAUCUGGAUCACAUCCGAGAUUUGUGGGAGAGGUUGGAGGGCGCGGGCCUGGUGUCUGUGCAGGAAGGGAGGGAAGAGUUGGGCAAGGAGUGGGAUGAGGAUGUGCCUUAUGAGUGGAGUGUCUGGAAGUGGGGUAGUGAGGUACUGGGAAGGGGGGCUGGCUGA